CACCAGUCUUUAUUUAUUUUGUCAGAAACCUGUGCAUUAAAAAGUGAAGCACAGACUGUAAUAAAUUGGCCGGCAACACAUUUUGACAUCAAAUCAAACUGUAAUUAGAAACAUGAAAUUGGAACUGUGAUGUGUCACAUUAAAAUAGAGCUAACUACCAUUAAAUUACCUCAAUAGUACCACUCAUAUCUGAUUAGGUUAAAAGGACUGCAUGUAACUGCAUGAUAUAGUACAGAAAUUAGGCAGACUAUCAUCCGUUUCCUAGUUUACUCUUCGGUUGGGAGGUCGAGAGAAGGAUGGAAUGUCGGGAAAGGAAAACAUUUUCGUAAUCUCUCUCGCGUAGGGAAAGAAGGAAAAUAUUACCUCACAUACCUUACACACACCCAUAUAACCUGCCAUCCGCAAACACAGCAAGAAAAAAAGAUGUUUUAAUGCAGUAGCUUACAGCCCAUUAGUUUACAUAAUGGUUAUGGUUUCUUCCUAGACUCCACCCUCGAAAUCGAUGCAUAGACUUGAUCUACUGAUGAUAGGAAAUUUUAAAUUUUUGACAAAGUCACCACUUAAUACUCCACAAUUAACCAAAUCAUUUUUAAAGUCAGCCUAUUAUAAGAUGUGUCACUUAAGAACUGCACAUGAAUGAGUCAAAGUCAAGCUAACCAUGUAAGACCUGGCCAUCCAGGCACUGGAUACAACUAUACAAUUCAUAUCUGAAUGAAUUAACAAUCCAACUAAUCCAAACACAACUCUCCUAGCAAUGGGUUCAAACUCUAACCAGCUUCACUUUAUCCUUAUCCCUCUAUUAGCACAAGGUCAUAUGAUCCCUAUGAUAGACAUAGCAUCACUCCUAGCAGAGCAGGGUGUGAUGGUAAGUCUGGUUACCACCCCUCUCAAUGCCUCUAGAAAUGCCGCAAGUAUCCAACGAGCAGCAGAAUCUGGCUUGCAAAUUAGGAUUCUGCAAAUCCCUUUUGUAUGCCAGAAAGUUGGGCUUCCUGAAGGUUGUGAAAAUCUCGACAUGAUUCCUUCACGUGACCUGAUCAAGAACUUCUACAAAGCAAUGGAUGAAAUGCAAGAGCCAUUGGAAGAAAAUCUACAACAGUUAAAGCCCCCAGCAAGUUGCAUAAUUUCUGAUAAAUGCCUCUCCUGGACAUCAAAAACAGCUGAAAAAUUCAAAAUCCCAAGGAUUGUUUUUCAUGGCAUGAGCUGCUUCUCACUCUUAGCCUCACACAACAUAAAACUCCAUAACACUCACCUAUCAGUUUCUUCCUCUUCACAACCUUUUUUAGUGCCUGGCAUGCCCUACAGAAUUCAGAUUACAAAAGCACAGCUACCAGGAUCAUUCAUAGCUUUCCCAGAGUUGGAAGAUAUUAGGGACCAGAUGCGAGAGGCUGAAUCAAGAGCAUUUGGGGUCAUAGUUAACAGCUUCAGUGAUUUGGAGCAUCAAUGCAUUGAAAAUUACCAGAAAGUAAUCAAUAAGAGGGUGUGGUGUAUUGGACCUGUUUCUCUAUGCAACAAGAAAACUGAAGAUAAGUUCGCAAGAGGCAACAAAGCCUCAAUCAGUGACAGUGAAAUCUUAGAGUGGAUGAACAGCGUAAAACCAAGAUCUGUUAUUUAUGUGUGCCUGGGUAGCCAGUGCCGCUUAGUUCCAUCACAGUUGAUAGAACUUGGCUUAGGCCUGGAAGCUUCUAAUUAUCCUUUCAUUUGGGCUGUAAAAACAGGAGAGAAGUGGACAGAGCUUGAGAACUGGCUCGCACAAAGCAAAUUUGAAGACAGGGUCAAAGGAAGGGGACUUCUUAUCAAAGGUUGGGCUCCACAAGUGCUUAUAUUAUCCCACCCAUCAGUAAGAGGAUUCUUGACGCAUUGUGGAUGGAAUUCAACAAUAGAAGGCAUUUGUAGUGGAAUACCGAUGAUAACGUGGCCUCAGUUUGCAGAGCAAUUUCUCAAUGAGAAGCUAACGGUAGAAAUUCUAAAAAUUGGUGUCCGUGUAGGAGUUGAUAGCCCCGUUAGAUUUGGAGAUGAAGAGAAGGCUGGGGUUUUAGUGAAUAGACAUGAAAUUUCACGUGCAAUUAGCAUCUUGAUGGACAGGGGAGAGGACGGAGAAAAGAGAAGAGCGAGAGCAAAACAGCUUGCAGAAAUGGCAAGGCAGGCUGUCACAGAAGGAGGGUCCUCUAAAACUGAUCUCUCUCUUUUGAUACACGAAAUUAGGAAGCAGUCAAUUUUAUCUAUAGUUUAAGGUAUAAAGCUGUUGUGUAAUUUCCAUAUUUUACAAAUUCUGUAACCCUUUCACUCAAGUAUUUCCCAGUUGCUUAUAGAGUUGUGAUUUGUUAAUACUACAGAACAAUCUGAACAAAAAUUUCAAGGAA